GAGGCGGAGGAGAGGGGAGGAGAGGAGAGGAGAGGGAGGGCCGCUUUGUGCGCCACACACAUGCAAACUAAACGGAGAUCUGAGCACCGAGGAGCGCACCGUCCUGUCGAGGAGACCAAAGUGACUUCGUGGACUCAGAUCUGCUCCUCGGAUAGUUCAGUGGAUUACAUCCUGAAACUUCCAGAAAAAAACCCCAAAAGGCCGAUCCAAAGGGAAGAUGAAACCAGAGCUGGGGGACCAGAAUGGCUGCUCACAUUAAACACCUGGAAUUAUACUUUCUUUAACAUCUCAUACCAUCGCCAACAUUUUUGGGAGGGAACGCUACUGAACUCCUACAGAAGCUAGUUUAUUUUCCCUCUGUGGAUUUUACGGGACAGACUGCCAUCAUGCCGAUACUCAAGCAGCUGGUGCACAACUCUAACCAGUCCAAGCGGCGGUCUCGGGCUGACCUGACGGCCGAGAUGAUCAGCGCUCCAUUGGGGGACUUCCGCCACACCAUGCACGUUGGCAGGGGCGGGGAUGCCUUUGGGGACACUUCAUUCCUUAGCACCCGGUCAGGGGAACCUCCCAGAGAGCCGGAAACAAAGCAGAGCUCCCCGGGGCCCAAACCAGGACUGCUGUCCCGCACCUUCAGAAGCAGCAAGCGCUCUCAGUCCGUAAACCGGGGGGACAAGUAUGAGUACAACACGACGGGGCCCUCUGGUGGCUCGUCCACCUUUGUGAAAAACGCCAUAUCCCUGCCUUACCUAAACGAAGAGGAUAUUAACCGAGGCAACCAACUGCCGAAGAGCGUUUCCUCAAGCCCCAUGAAGAGGCUGUCGGAGAUUGAGAGCAAGCCGGUGAAUGGAGCCGCGGCGAUGGCGACAUUGGAUGCAGAGUUCGACGAGCACAAUUUCGGCGAACUGACAGAUUUGCCCCCCUCCAUGCCUAAGGGAGGAGGAAUGAAGCACGCAGAGUCUAUGAUGUCCUUCCACAUCGACUUGGGGCCCUCCAUGCUCGGGGAUAUCCUGAGCGUGAUGGAAAAGAAGGGCUGCGAGGAGGACGACCUCGGCUACGAAGAGGGGAAAGGUAGCGAGGGCCGUGCGUCGCCCUCCCUCAUUCCCCAUAUAUACGAUGAAGUGGAGGAUCUGGCCCCUGCAAGGCCACCUCGCAGCAUGUACCAGCAGAAGCCCAUGGUGGAUCCCUACACCCCCGAGCUACACGCCAGGAACAACCACCACAACCUGGACAACUACUCCGUGUCCAGCUCCGGCUCAGUCACUGAGGAGAAACCUCAGCACCACCUCCACGACGCCGACACGGACAGUGCAAAGUACAGUUCGCCACGUGGGGAAGAAGACAGAGAUUUCACCUACAUGGAUGACGAAGGUGACGAUGAGAUUCGAGUGUAGGCUGGUUUCAUCGCCAUGAACGGUCUCUGUGGACACUAAUUGAGAGGACCAAGUUGGAAGAGAAGCGAUGGAUUCAGAUGCAGGGCCACAUCUGCUUUAAGCUGCUUAUAGAUCAAUCGUAUCUCUGCACACUUUGUUCAACAUCAUAAAUGAAACCAAUUAAGCCUUAUUCACCGUGCUGUAGCGAGGAGAUGCGAGCCGAGUGCAUACAGACCGGCUCACAAAGUGACUUUAUAGAGGAUUGGGUUCGUUGAUCGUUGCACUUUUUGCAAUGUCAAACUCUGAACUCAUUAUGACCGGGGAAUUCUCCAUUUUCAAAUAAGACAGACUCUCGAGUUCAAACCUUGUCCUCAAAUUUGUCCGCAUUACAAAUCAUCCAGCCUGAAUCACUUAAACGUUUAAGGGUGACCAUAGGUUUGGAGAACUGUACCCUCAUUUGUCAAUCACACAAAUAUCCCAUUUGGAGUGUGAUGUGUGAGGUGAGGAGAGGGAUAUGCGAGGUCACAGACCACAUGUGGAUGUGUACUCCAGAUUCUUAACGAGGAAGAGG